AUGAUAGAAUUUACCAAAGGAGUCAAAAAGGUUUAGACGACGGUAGUCCAUGUGCGAUGGUUAGGUGUUUGUCAGUUUGUGUUUUGUACUGACAGAUUCAAGUCGAAAGUUGGCAGACAUAUAUCGGUGUAGACGAAGACAUUCGUGUAUCUCCGUCAGAUCCGAUCCACGCGUAUUUACAGCGGGGGUCACGUGACGCGAGCUGCUCUGCAGUGUGAUCUUAGCCUUCUGCUGCACGGUAGCUACAAACAUCUCUGAUGCUAGCUAACGCUUGAUUCUGAGAUUUUAAAUUCCUCUGUUUUACAUAUAAAUAUAAAAACCAGCUUGACUUCACAACACGGCACUCCGUCAAGACCCGGUCUUUGAGCUGUGUGGCACGAAGCUUCCGCUUUCGGGCACAUUUGGACGUUUCUCCGCGCUGUAGCUAGCUUAAGGUUAGCGCGUUAGCUAGCACUAACACCAACAUGAACAUUGACAACGUGAAUCAGUCCGUCACAACCGGCGUGCCGUCCACGACGUCUUCGACUUCAAGUAACUGUAUCGCAAAUGAUAAUGCAACGACCAACGUCAGCAGCAUCCCGUCGGUCACGAGUAACGCUUCCACAUCAGCGGCCAUGGUGACACCAUCAGCAGACACAUCUGUCUCCAACGGCGUCUAUGUGCCCGGUGGCAUCACCAAUGGAGAUGUAAAACCUUCCCUCUCCACCACACCCCUGGCAGAUUUUCUCAUGCAGCUGGAAGAGUACACUCCUACCAUUCCUGAUGCGGUUACAGGGUACUACCUCAACCGAGCUGGCUUUGAGGCUUCUGAUCCAAGAAUAAUCCGACUGAUCUCCCUUGCCUCUCAGAAGUUUAUCUCAGACAUUGCCAAUGAUGCGCUGCAGUACUGUAAAAUGAAAGGAACGGCCUCAGGAAGCUCAAGGAGUAAGACAAAGGAUAAGAAGUACACUCUGACUAUGGAAGACCUGACUCCUGCCCUCUCAGAAUAUGGCGUCAAUGUCAAGAAACCAUAUUACUUCACAUAGACAUAGUCUUUCCUUAAGGCUUUUUGCUUUUGCUUGGUUUAACCCCUGCUGACCCACUAGCCUGUUAACUACAUACAAAUCUUGAUCGUUAAAUGUUUUUCUUCUUUUCGAUCUUGGUGCUUUAGUACAGCUUUGACAAAUAUUUGUAGUCACAUUGCCAUUUGUUUUGUUUUAGUUUUUUGUGUGGAGCCACCUUUGUGUUAUGUUAAAUUGUAACAUUACAUUUCAUUGUGGAAAUAAAAACCCCUUACCAAAAA